AUGGCCGACUCAGAGUUCCCACCAUCGUCAAUCCGGCCUCUCGUCCACGAAAUAGCGACUUUACUCAAGGAGAAAAAGGAAACAGUAUCCGUGGCAGAGACGGCUGCCGGCGGCCUCACAUCUGCCUCCCUGCUCUCUGUCCCUGGAGCAUCAAGCUACUUCAAAGGAGGACUUACGCUGUACACCCUUGAAUCCCGCCUCGCCUUCGCCGGCUGGACUACUGAACACAUCAAAUCCUAUCAAGGCCCAACAACGCAGAUCGUCGCGCAUCUCGCUGAGCAUACGCGCAAAACACUCGGCUCGACGUAUACGAUUUCCGAGAGCGGCACUGCCGGGCCCGGUGGCGGGUCGACGCCGAAUAGAGUACCCGGCACUGUUUUCCUUGCUGUUGCGGCUCCCAGUGGAACAUAUGUGAGGGAAGUAAACACGGGCUUUGGAGAAGAUCGAGAAAGAAAUAUGGUUGGGUUUGCCGCGGAGGGGUUGAAGCUGUUGCGCGAUGUGCUGAAAGGGGAUGCUAAGCUGUAG